AUGGGUGGAGCAUCUUUCGCAAAGCCGCCGGGGCCUGUCGUCGGAGAGACGAGACUCUUCUCGAAGGCCAACGUUCGUCCGCUUCUUUUGUGCUCGAUUGCCGUCUUUGGCGCUGUCCUCUAUGGCUACGAUGGAACAUACUGGACGGGCCUGCUUGAAAUGCAAAAGUUCAAGGAAGACUAUGGUACCCCAGGCGUCGAUGACCAAGGCCAACCAACGAUCGACAUUACCUCUUCGCAGAGGGCUGUCCUGACGUCGAUCAUCCAGGCCGGUGAAGUGGUCGGUGCCCUCCUUGCUGGACCUGUCGGCGAUCGCUUUGGCCGACGCGGUGGUUUCUUCUACGCCGUCUUCCUCCUCACGCUCGGUUCCGUGCUUCAGUUGAUUGUCGCCGGCAGCAUUCCCCUCCUCGGAGUCGGACGAGCCAUUCUGGGCAUGGGUGUGGGUGCCGUCGCAAACAGCACGCCCCUCUACCUUGGUGAAGUAUCACCUAAUGCUAUCCGAGGUGCCGUCGUCGGCUCAUGGCAACUGCUGCUCUCCAUCGGACAAGUCAUCGGAGCUUGUGUCUCGCAGGGAACCAAGGAUCGGACCGACACUGGCGCAUACAGAAUCCCGAUUGGCAUCAACCUUGGUUUUGCCCUGGUCCUCUUUAUUGGUAUCUUCAUUCUUCCCGAAUCACCUCGAUGGCUCGUCACCAAGGGCCGCGACGAACAAGCUCUCAAGUCACUGCACCGCAUCAACUGUGGACAGCCAGACCCAACGGCGGUCAUCGAGGCGGAAUACAAGAGCUUCGUUGACGCCAAAAGGGAGGAAGACGAGAUGGGAAAGAUGGGCUGGGGCUCGCUCAUGCACGGCGUCGAGCGUCGCAAGCUCCUCAUUGUCUGUGGCACCCUGACAGCACAGCAGAUCUCGGGCGUUCAGUUCAUCUUCUCGUACACGACCACCUUCUUUGCCAACAGCGGUGUCGACGACGCCUUCCUCAUCACCAUCAUUGUGGACAUCAUUCAGGUCGUCGGCGUCCUCUGCAGCUUCUUCCUCGUCAACCGAUUUGGCCGAAGACCCCUGCUGCUCUCCACGUCGGUCCCCAUGUUCAUCGCCCUCUUCGUCUGCGGUGGCCUCGGCACAAUUCCCACACUGGAGCGGAACACGGCGCAGAAUCGCUGCUUGAUCGCCAUGAUUUGCAUCUACGUCUUCUUCUUCAACCUGGCGUGGGGUCCACUUGCGUGGAGCAUCGCCUCUGAAUGCGCCGUGGGCAGCAAUCGGCAGAAGCUCAUGUCGCUCGGCACAGCCUGCUUCUUCAUCUCUGCCUUUGUCGUGGCCUUCACCCUGCCCUACCUCUUUGACGACGACGAGGCUGGCCUUGGUGCGCAGAUCGGCUGGAUCUAUGGAGGCGGCAUGCUCAUCGCCAUUGCUUUCACGUGGUUCUGCAUCCCCGAGACGCUCGGCAGGACCCUCGAGGAGAUCAACGAGAUGAUCAACCGCAGGGUGCCCGCGAGAAAGUGGACGAGCUACAUGACCGAGGUCGAAGCCGACGGCGCCUUCUCGCCUGACAUGCACAAGCAGUCGCUUCCAAGCUCGGGAGAGGGAGAAGACGACGACGACCUCAAGGCGCGAACAGACGGCAAGAAGUCUUCGACGCCCGGCGCGGACGAGACAACAGCUGACGUCAGGGACGCGGAGGAGCGUCUAUAG